AUGAGUCGCCGCCAAGGUGCUAGCUCAAGCUCUUACAGUGUAUCAUCAUUCGUGUCUGAUGAAUUGGACUACUCAGAUUUGUUGUCCUUGCAAGAGGACAGCAGUACCGAGCACAGUGGCUCUAGGUCUGAACUUCUGUCGUCCCUCUCAGUUGAUCUGAAGAUGCCCGCAACAGAACAUGUUCAGAGUCCGGCACCUCAUAGAGAUCUGGAAGAUAUGAAUUUUGAUGCCGACUUGCAAGAUAGACUUCAGAAGGCCUUUGAUGAGAUUGUCAAGUUGAAGAAAGAAAACUUUGAAGAGUCUUGCCAGCGCCAACAGGUUGAGAAGGAGCUCCUACUCGUCCGCAAGAAAGCUAAGAAACUACAGGAGCACCUCUUAAAAGAGCUACAGCACUCGAAAGGAUUUGAGCAAGCUCGCGCUGCUGAUCAGCACUUGAUACAAAAGCUUAAAAAGGAUAUUGAACUGCUAAAGAUCCAGCGUGAUGAAUAUCUUGAAAAGUUUUGUCAAGCAAGUGACCAGAUCUUGCUUCAACCUUUAGGAGCAGCUAAGGAAGCUCAUGAACAGGAUAAACAUGAGAUGGAAACACUGAGAGAAGAAAUCAGUCAGCUUAAGAUCCACCGAGACGAAUACCUUGCAAAGUUUCAGGAGAAAAAUAAGCCCAAGUUCGCGCCGGUGCAGUGUGUUUCUGAUGUUAUAGAAAAAGAUUUGGAAUCAUACAGAACUUCCCUUGACAACCAGUUGUGGCCUUACAGGGACAGUGCAGUCAGAUAUUCUGAAGGACACACUCAGUUUACCUUGGAUCAGCUGAAGCUGGCAACAGAAAAUUUCAGUGAAUUACUAAAAAUUGGAGAAGGUGGGUAUGGACGUGUCUACAAGGGCACUAUCUCUGACACCGCCGUGGCCAUUAAGAUUUUACGUCAUAAUGAGAACAUCCAAGGCUUACUGCAGUUUCAACGCGAGGUUUUGAUCCUGACCAAAGUGAGGCACCCACAUCUUGUCAAUCUCUUAGGAUCCUGCGAUGAAGUGUCAGCUCUUGUGUAUGAUUAUUUACCUAAUGGAAGCCUUGAAGACCGUCUUUCCUGCAAGGGUAACACCCCAGCGCUGACAUGGCAGGUCCGAACAAGGAUUAUUGGGGAGAUUUGUUCUGCGCUAAUCUUCCUCCACAGUCAUAAGCCCAAGCCUAUUGUCCACGGUGAUCUUAAGCCUUCCAACAUCCUCCUUGAUGCUGAUUUAGUGAGCAAGCUUGGAGACUUCGGCAUCGCUAGAUUUCUUGUGCCAUCCGACACCAGCACCAUGGUCCAUCUUACUGACCAUCCAAUUGGGACAAUGUUUUACUCAGACCCAGAAUACAUGGCCCACGGUGAGCUGACCCAAGGAUCAGACAUCUACUCGUUUGGUAUCAUCAUCCUACGCCUCUUAACAGGGAGACACCCAAGGGAGAUAGUGAAGAGAGUGGAGGAUGCGAUGAUCAAUGACGAACUGCACACCAUCAUCGACAGAUCCGCCGGUGAAUGGCCCUUUGUGCAGGUGCAGCAGCUUGCGCGUAUCGCUAUGAGAUGCGCAGCGGAGAAAAGGAGGCGACGCGCAGAUCUUGUCACCGAUGUGUGGCCGGUGGUUGAGACAAUGAUGAAGAGUGCCUCCUUAUCAGCGUGCCCCUCAACUUCUUCAUCUAUUCAGGAUGAAAGCAGCGUGCCACAUUACUUUUUGUGCCCGAUUCUGCAGAAGAUCAUGAAGAAUCCACACAUAGCAGCGGAUGGAUUCACCUAUGAAGCCGAGGCCAUAGAGGACUGGCUUGAAGCCCAUGACACAUCACCCAUGACCAAUCUGCCACUUCGAAACUGCGUUACAAUUCCAAACUCAGCGCUUCGCUUAGUCAUCCAAGAACAUCUUCAGCGUGGACCAUGA